AGAGAGUGGAGAGGACCUGUGUAUUCUCUACUCUAACAGAGCUGCUUGCUACCUGAAGGAUGGGAGCAACACAGAGUGUAUCAAGGACUGCACCAGGGCAUUGGAUCUUCAGCCCUUCUCCCUGAAGCCCCUCCUCCGCAGGGCCACAGCCUAUGAGUCAAUGGAACGUUACCGACAGGCCUACGUGGAUUUUAAGACUGUUCUGCAGAUAGACAUCGGGGUGCAGGCGGCACAUGACAGUGUCCACAGGAUCACCAAGCAGCUUAUUGAGCAGGACGGCCCUGACUGGAGACAGAAGCUUCCGGAGAUCCCUCUAGUCCCACUGUCAGCUCAGCAGCACCACAGGCAGAAAGACCCCAGCGCUGAGCUGGUCCAGGCUAGAGAAGCCAAAAAAGCAGAGGCUCGCUUUGCCUCUCUCAAAACAGAAGGAAAUGAGCAUGUGAGGAAAAGCCAGUUCCAUGACGGUCUAGAAAAGUACAGUGAAUGCCUUAAGAUCAAACCUGACGAGUGUUCCUGCUUUACCAACAGAGCCAUCUGUUAUCUGAGACUGGGUUGUUUUGAAGAGGCCAGACAGGACUGUGACUCCGCCCUCAAGCUGGAACCAACCAAUAAGAAGGCCUUCUAUAGACGGGCGCUGGCGUUUAAAGGCUUACAGGACUACCUGUCUUCCAGCAGUGACCUCCAGGAAGUGUUACAGCUGGACCCCAACGUCCACGAGGCUGAACAGGAGCUGGAGACUGUGACAGGGCUGCUCAGACAGAGCCUCAUGGACGGUGCCCAACUCACACCCAGGGUUUGAUGGCAGAGAUGAGACUGCCACAGGAGACUGUAUAGGAGGCUGAUGAAGAGAGAGACUGAUGGAGACCUGGGAAGGCUGUUCAGGCCUCAUCAUCCCUCACAGAGUUGACAUGAACUAAGGUGAACUAUGCUGGAUGUUGGGCUCUGACUCCAUCUGCCUUCAAAGAGCAUCAUUAAAGCAUUGCGUCGACGACGGCAGAGCGUUGUUCAAUAAAGCUGCAUCCUUCACUUCCAUUCCGGAGACUCUAAAGAUACUUUAGAUGCAAUGCAGCUUCUUACAUUUACAUUUGUCAUUUAGCAGAUGCUCUUAUCCAGAGAGACUUGCAGUUAGUGCAUUCUUUACCUCAGCAUGCUCAGACCCCCUACAGCAACACACUGUAGAGAAACGGUGCGUCACAAAUGAUGCCCUACUCUCUAUAAAGUGCACUAUGUUUGACCAGGGCUCAUAGGUCUAUAAUCAAAUGUAGUGCACUAUAUAGGGGAUAGGGGUGCCAUAUGGGACUCAGACCCAAAAUCUUAAAAGCUAGGAGUGACUAGUUUUGCAGAAGUAUUUGAUUUCUUCCCACUAACAGCAGAUUAUGCAGACCGGCGGUAUUACAGAUUGGAGAAGCGAUCGACAGAAGCUCUAGAAGCACACUGGAACACAAUGUGGGAGAGAUGUGGUGUGCCUUAUUGAGAUUCAAGUUGAACCAUAUAUUUGGGAAGUGUAAUCUGAACUUCAGAGAAAUAACAUCCUUGUAUAUAUGUAAUAAACUGCUGCUUUGAUACACUGCAGAGUAUUUUACAUGAGGAAACCAAAAAAUAUGUUGCCACUGUACUGACAGUCAUGCAUGUACCUUUUCAACCUUUAAAGGGCACUGUUGGCUAAUUAAUGCAUAAUGAAAGAUGGACAACUGUGUAUAUCAUGUACUGUAUGCUUUUAAUCUCAGGUUCAGUCUUGAACAUGACCAUGAUUGUAUGGUCAAUGUUAGCUCUGGUCCAUGGCGUUAGAGGAAUUGUAACGGCCUGGACCAGAGCUAGGUAAAUGUGUAUAGUAGUCAAACACUGAUCUGCUAGUUUUCAGAUGUUGCUCUACUGCUUUAUAAAAUCCCCAAACCCCCUUCAGUUAGUUAUAUGUUGAGUUAGAGAUCAACCCCCUUCAGAUAGUAAUCUGUUGAGUUAGAGAUCAACCCCCUUCAGAUAGUAAUCUGUUGAGUUAGAGAUCAACCCCUUCAGAUAGUACUCUGUUGAGUUAGAGAUCAACCCCUUCAGAUAGUUAUCUGUUGAGUUAGAGAUCAACCCCCUUCAGAUAGUAAUCUGUUGAGUUAGAGAUCAACCCCCUUCAGAUAGUAAUCUGUUGAGUUAGAGAUCAACCCCCUUCAGAUAGUAAUCUGUUGAGUUAGAGAUCAACCCCCUUCAGAUAGUAAUCUGUUGAGUUAGAGAUCAACCCCCUUCAGAUAGUAAUCUGUUGAGUUAGAGAUCAACCCCUUCAGAUAGUAAUCUGUUGAGUUAGAGGUAUUUCAGUUAGUGUCUGAAACUGAUUAAUAACAAGCUGCGUGUGUUGAAUAUAUUGUGAAUGUUCUGCUUUCACCACAGAUUGGUCUAUUUAGAACAUAGACCCCUUUGAGGUGGUUGUUCAUGAUUAAACACUUCUGCUUUGUACUGUAUACCAUGUGUUCAUUCUGAAAGAUGUCUAGAGUUGACUUCAUGCAGUCAGUUACUGACUUUAAAAAAAAUUUAAAAGUACUUUUUUUAAAGUUACAGUCCUACUGUAGGACUGAUGAUAUGAA